AUGGUUAAUCCUUUAGAAGGGCAUUUCCGCAUUUUUAUAUUAAUAGUUACAACCUGGGGUCUGUCUAUUCUGUUCGCCAAUGUCCUCUCCGUUCCAUUCAAUGUCAUUUGCAUGACUGAGGGGAAGUAUCGAUGGGAAGACUUCAGCAUAGAUCUUGGGACUGGUAAGGCUUAGACAGGUUACAGUAACCUUUCCAGAUGUGUUUACUAGAAUUGAUUGGGAUCCCCCCAAACCCACACAACGACCGAGCUCUGACUUCCCGGAUAUUCCCUCGGGCUGGCCUGACGUGGAUAUCCCGGGGAUUCGAGUACCGGUUCCUGGGUUCAAUUGGCAAGGACUUCGUCUGGCUAGACAACAUCCAGAUCUUUUCUUGAGAUUGCUACAGAAAGUCGCUAAAGAAGUCAGUUACAGAGCGGCUGUGAGGGUUGGAGAGGCUUUGGACCCCAGAGAUAUCGACUUCAGAAGAUUCCUUGACGGUGAGUGCGGGCGAAAAUCUUAUAUUUAUUUAUGUAUCAUCAAUUGGCAUGCGAUUUUCAAAAUGCCUAUUUUAGGCUUCAAUUUGACCGAUUAUGAUCCGAAUGUGGUAUUCAAAGUAAAGAAUUACGUGCUUGAUCGAAUCAAAUCGCUCCAACAUUCUAUGGAGGUCACUGACAUUCACGGACGGCGACUAUCCAGAUGGGACAAUGUUACUGUAGAUGUGAGAAAACAAGUAGAAAUAAAGGUAGUUUCAGGACAUUAAAUUUCAAAAUAUAACAUGGAAUGGAGUCAUCAAUGGCCGCGUUCGGAUCGUCGAGAAGCCUCCAGCUCACACUUACACGCCCUGGGAAAAGACAUGGCUCUACAGUAUCGCCGGCCUGGGAACUUUACUAUCUGUUGGACCAUUUAAUAAGGCCUUUGAACACUUUGGUUGCAGGAAAACGGUGACUGUCGCGGCGGUAAUCUCGGCCUUAUCCACGGGCCUGAUUCCCCUGGGGGCGUCGUUGGGUUACGGUGUUUUUAUAAUCCUUCGAAUCCUGCAAGGUGUUGGAUUUGCAGUAGUCUUCCCUGUUAUCGGAUAUGUGACAUCCUCGUGGGCUUCCUUGACCGAGGACGGCCUCUUCAAUGGCGCGUUGACUUCAUUCAUCCAGGUAUUACCUGAAACUUUUUUACAAAAUUAAUUUAGAUAGCAGCGUUAAUCACAAUGCCCUUGUCAGGGACGAUUUGUCAUAUUACCUGCUGGUCACUCUCCUAUUUUCUUCAUGCGCUCCUCACUGUUGUCUUUGUGAUUGUGUGGUGGUGUUGCUACAGGUAGCUUUGGAAUAAGUAUGAUUAUUUUUGGUUCAGGGAUUCGCCUUCUGAGAGUGAAACUGUUUCGCUGAGUGAAUUGAGAAGAAUUCAAGAUGGAAAGGUGACUGAUUUCAGACUCAAGCACAGCAAGGUUGGUUAUUAACGUUAUUGUCAUGCCUUAGAUUCCGUACCAAGCGAUUCACAGCGAUCUCUCGGUUUGGGCCGUGUGGGUGGCAGCUGUGGGGAAGUUAACCUCCAUCGUCGUCUUACUCUUUUAUCUCCCUAUUUAUCUGCACAAGGUAAGAAGAACAAUACUCCUUUUAUGAAAUUGCAGAAUUUUGAAUAUGACAUGCUGAUUGUUGGCUGGGUUCUCGCCAUUCCCUUCCUCCUUCAAUUUGUGGUCAAGUUAGGCUCAGGGAUCUUGAGCGAUAACAUCAAGGGGAAGACGGAGACUGUCAAGGUGAAGGUCUUCAAUUCCGUUGCUUUCUUCGUCGCCUCCUUCUUCCUAAUCCUCGCUGCGUUUAUUCAAUCUGCAGAUCUGGAUUGUCUUACUGUAAUUAUCAUCUCAGCCGCUAUAGUUGUAUUGGGAUUGGACGCAGCUGGAUUUUUCAAGAGUUCGACUGUAAUUGGACGACAGUAUUCUCAUUACAUCAACAUUUACGUCCAGGUAAAGGCUACUUUGUCAGAUUAAAUGAGGGUAUUUAGACUGUUGCAGGCCUAUCCAUCCUCCUGUCCCCACUCCUGGUCCAAUUCCUUGCUCCCACCACCAGUAUGGCUGAAUGGAUACUUGUCUUCUGCUUAUUAGUGGUGGUACUGGCGUUGUCUGGAAUAUUCUUUGUCUUGAAAGGAUCUGGGAUUACUUGUGCUUUCGCUGAUGUGGCCCAACUUCCAGAAAACAGUAAAGAAUUAAAGGAACUCAACAAGCGCUAA